GACUUUAAAUUGAAGAAGCGCCGUAGAAGCAUUUUUAGGUUUUAUCGUGUUUUGAUUCUUCUCUGUUCGUCGUCGACCUAUCUUCCCCAGCCAUGGCCGUCGGGAAAAACAAGAGAAUCUCUAAGGGUAGGAAGGGAGGAAAGAAGAAGGCUGUUGAUCCCUUCUCCAAGAAGGAUUGGUAUGAUGUUAAGGCUCCUUCAAUCUUCACCCACAAGAAUGUUGGAAAGACGCUUGUUUCCAGAACCCAGGGUACCAAGAUUGCCUCUGAAGGCUUGAAGCACAGAGUUUUUGAGGUUUCUCUAGCUGAUCUUCAAGGUGAUGAAGACAAUGCUUACAGGAAGAUCCGUCUCAGAGCUGAAGAUGUCCAAGGCAGGAACGUUUUGUGCCAAUUCUGGGGCAUGGACUUCACCACUGACAAACUUAGGUCGUUAGUUAAGAAGUGGCAGACUUUGAUUGAGGCUCAUGUUGAUGUUAAAACCACCGAUAGCUACACUCUCAGGCUAUUCUGCAUUGCCUUUACCAAGAGACGUGCUAACCAGGUCAAGAGGACUUGCUACGCUCAGUCCAGCCAAGUUCGUCAGAUUCGUAGGAAAAUGAGGGAUAUUAUGGUUAAGGAAGCUUCCUCAUGUGACCUUAAGGAGCUUGUUGCCAAGUUCAUUCCCGAAGCUAUUGGGAAGGAGAUUGAGAAGGCAACUCAGAACAUCUACCCUCUUCAGAACGUUUUCAUCCGUAAAGUCAAGAUCCUGAAGGCACCCAAAUUCGACCUUGGCAAGCUCAUGGAUGUUCACGGAGAUUACACAGCAGAAGAUGUUGGUGUUAAGGUAGACAGGCCAGCCGAGGAGACCGUUGAGGAACCUACUGAAAUCAUCGGAGCAUAAGAAAUGGUUUUGUUAAAAUUGAGAGAUCUCUUUUUCUUCUAAACUUUUAGCCUUUUAAUGCUUUGUGUCGUUUCUCACUCUUUUUGUUCCCUCAGUUUUUCUUUUUGCUGUAUUGAUGACUUUUCUCAGUGUAAACUUGCGAGUUUUUGAUAAUUUAUGAAACACCUUCUCUGAAUUUAUAACUGAAUUUAUGAAACAAAUUA